GCAUUUUAAUGAAUCGAGGGGACCGUCGGAUGCAACCGAGUCUUGACAUGGCAAUUGAUGAUGCCAAAGCCUCUUAGCUCCCAUCCUUUUCCUGGAGUGGGUGUGAUCUUAAAAUAGUGUCUGUAAUGAGGGACCCUCAACAGCACUGCAAACCAAGUGCGGAUCCAGAUGGAUAGGAAGUGUGUGUGUGGCAUGGUGCCCUUUAAAACAACCGAAGGGAGUCAAGGAAACGAUUGGCCAUGUUUGACUGAGACCUGAUGUCUUGUGAAGGUGAUAACAGUUGAUAUCUUUCUGAAUGAGAAAUGGACUGGGAAGCAAAGCAUUAGGAGCAAAGGAACACAAUGUUCAGGUCUCAUUUUAUGUCUGGCUCGCUCGCUCUUCCUUUGGCUAAGUGGUGAAGAUGCUCGGCGGGGUUUAAUAGAGAGCAGCAUGGACGAGGCUGCCAGCCGGCUGGAGAGAGACCAUGUUCACAGUGUGUACGAGAGGAUCGCACCGUACUUCAAUGACAGCCGCUACAAGGCUUGGCCCAAGGUCAAACAGUUUCUGCUGGAGCAGGAGCCUGGUAGCAUUGUGGCUGACGUAGGAUGCGGUAAUGGCAAAUACCUGCACAUCAAUGAAAGCAUCUUUAAGUUGGGCUGUGAUGUGUGUCGGCCAUUGGUGGACUCUGCGUGGUGUCAGGGCCACGAGGUACAACUUUGCGAUGGACUGCGUUUACCCUACAGAGAUGGAUGUUUCGAUGCAGUGCUCUCUAUUGCAGUCAUCCACCACAUGUCCACCAAAGAACGACGUAUCCGAGCAAUACAGGAGAUGGCGCGCACCCUGCGAGUAGGAGGGCGAAUCAUGAUAUACGUUUGGGCAAUGGAGCAAAAGAGGCGCAAGUUUGAAAAGCAAGACAUCUUCGUUCCUUGGAACCCCAAUCCUCCUCUAUCUCCCGCCCUCAGAGGACCGGGGCAGACCCGGCAUCGAGCCAACGGCACCCAAAGCGUCAGCGACGACACUUCCAGUGACAAGCACAGAAAAGUGAAAAGCACAUCAUCUGUGUUGGACGAUGGCGAGCUCACCAUGCCCAGACAGCAGAAACAACAGAGGCUUUGGUUCUUCUCCAGAUCUCUGGAUUCGGUGCUGGACUUCGGCAGCCUGACCGUAUCCCGAUCCACUUCCGGCACUUUUCAAACCCCCACCGACGAAACCUCGGAGAGCAGAAGCCUGCGUGCCAGCGGCAGAGGUCUCAUCAGGCAGGUUUCUAGCCUCUUUUCAUCUUCUUCCAGAACCAGUUUUGAAGAAGAUGUCUUUGAACAAGUCCCUCAUGAACAAGUCCAUAAAAUUGACAACGGGAAUGGAAAUGAGACUCUUCCUGUGGAGCUUGUUCAUGAUUGUUCCUCUGUUCCGCUUCCCGAUUUGGUUUCCUACCAAAAAGACUGCAGUAAUGAAGAACAUGAAGUAGAUAAUAUAGCAAACAGACAACAUCUCUUGCAGAGGCAGGUAAGCACGGCGUCUCUCAAAGAAACGGAAGGGAUGAAAGAAUUGAACGACAAACAGAUUAAGGACUCUUGUUUGCGGUACUACCAUGUAUUUAGGGAAGGGGAACUGACGCAGUUGAUCGAAAACCAUGUUGAGGAUCUUCAUGUUCUCCAGACCUACUUGGACCAUGCGAACUGGUGUGUGGUGGCUGAGAAAAUCCAAGUCUGGAAGGUUUAAAUCUUAUUUUAACAUAUUGUUUUACAAUGUUUUUUUAAGGUAUUUUUAAGUAUUUGGAUGAGAUUUAAGAUAAUAGCUUUUCAGUAUCAAUGGCAAUAACAAGCAAAUGUAUUGAUGCUCUGACUAGACAAGUGAUGGUCGCAAUUGUAUUUAUUUUAACCCCAUCAACACUAAUGCUAGACAUGGUUGUACUAUGAAACCGGUUAUGCGUAAUUUAGUUUGUUUUUAAAGGCAUCCCGCAGUUUUACAAAAUGACACAUGAUGACCUUAACUUGCACUACAUUGAAUGGUGUAUUACUGUUAACAAACGUAAGCAAUGCCUGCCUAAACAGAUAGCACAUUAUUCUGAACCAAACAAUGUGAGCACAUAACUAGUUUACUUCAGGAGUUUAUCUGUGGAGUUGUUGUCGUCUUGUGUUGUUAGUAAUACCAUAAAGCUGAGCUUAUGUGUCGUGUGGUCAAGUGCUUGUGGGAUGUAAAUCGAUUGCACAUGAAUUUAUGUUUUUAAAACUUGAACAUUUAAACGUUUCAACGCUGGUAUUGUUGCAAAUUGUGUAUGUUUGUAUUGGUGUAACUCAACCGCGUCAAUGUCGCAAUGCUGGUCUUAAAUUUUCCUUCGAACUUGAACCAUUUUUUUUAUAUGUGGAUGUGCAUUUUGACUGUUAAAUAAAAACACUAUAUUUUGUUUUUAUCUGA